AUGUGUACAAAACAAUUGGUCAUCGUACUUUGUAUUAUCAUAUCAAAGAUAUACGCUAGUGUUUCUAUCAUAGAAAAUGAUGUCUUACAAAGAAGUAGAAGACAACUGUUGUUUCCUAAUUCAACUCUUUUUCAAUUCAACGCCGGUGUUGGCACACCAACACCUAUAAAGACAAUUAACUUCAACUGGGCUUUUCAAGCAAAUUUCCAGCUACCAUGGAACAGGUCUCAAAUACCAUUAGAUAUACUAGAAGCUGAAUCUGGUUAUCCUGGAUUCUCUAGAAGGAAACGAGAAGUAAAUGAUGAAAAAUCUGAUCAUGAUAUUACUCAGCCAGAAAAUUAUCAGAACGAUGCCAAGUUGUAUCACUUCUAUAAAUAUGUUGAAGAUGUUUUAAAUGGCUUUGGUUACAACGGAUCAUCUUGCGUGUUGAGAACUCUCUGUCAACUGGCCGCUGAACCACUGCAUGUUGAUGACGACGAGGAUCUACUGCAUGAAAUAGCAACAUUCGUACUUAAUCCUGAAAAUGACAACGAUGGCACUGCAAUACCUGAAGCAACUCCUUAUAUCGACGCGUACAAAUCUGGCUCCUGCGUUGAACAGUGCUAUGAUAAAUUUAACGACUGUGAUUCUUGA